AGAAGUGUGAGCAGGGUCCUGGGAGGGCGGACCUGGACGUGGGAAAUCACGUCCUGGGUGCGCUCAAGGAUGGUCCAGGACACAAGAGGAAGCUGAUCCCUUGAGAAAACACCGAGUACAGUGCCUUUCACAAAUGCCAGGGCUCUUCCUGCUCUCCGAACCCUGGUCUGGAAUGACCAUGAAUAUUGGCCUGGUGCUUUCGGUUUGCAGUGUUCCCCUCUGCCCCCAACAGCACGCGAAGGCAGGUGGGCACUGCCAGGCUUGCUGUGAGGCCUCGGGGACCAGCCCACUUGCCCAGUCCUGUCCUGGGGCUGUGGGGGUGCAGUGACGGCGGAUGGGCGUGCCAGCCGCCAGAUUCCUGAGACCCGCCCUGCAGUGGGCUGCACCCAGCCAGGGAGUCUCCUCCAGAGGUGAGGCCGUUGUUUAAAAACUGGGAGCCAGGAGCGGAGACCCCCUCAUUCAAGGGUGCUCUCAGGCGAUCUGGAGAGAGAACAGUGGCAGCAGGGAGCCAGGCGAGGUCCUCUCUGGGGGUCAUCCUAUUGGCUGAAGAUGAGGCGACUCCUUCUCCUUUGGUUUGUCUUUCCCAGCCUCCUGUGUGCCCAGCAAGCCUGCUCCCGUGGGGCCUGCUAUCCCCCUGUUGGGGACCUGCUCAUUGGGAGGACCCAGUUUCUUCGAGCUUCAUCCACCUGCGGACUGACCAGGCCCGAGACCUACUGCACCCAGUAUGGCGAGUGGCAGAUGAAAUGCUGCAAGUGCGACUCCAGGUUGCGUCACAAUUACAACAGUCACCGAGUGGAGAACGUGGUUUCGUCUUCGGGCCCCACGCGCUGGUGGCAGUCACAGAACGAUGCAAACCCUGUCUCUCUGCAGCUGGAUUUGGACAGGAGAUUCCAGCUUCGAGACAUCACAGUGGACUUUAAGGGCCGCCUGCCCGCCGGGAUGCUGAUUGAGCGCUCCUCGGACUUCGGUAAGACCUGGCAGGUGUACCAGUAUCUGGCUGCUGACUGCACGUCUGCCUUUCCCCGAGUCCACCAGGGCCAGCCUCAGAGCUGGCGGGACGCUCGGUGCCGGUCUCUGCCCCAGAGGACUAACGCGCACCAAGAUGGGGGCAAGGUCCAGCUUAACCUUAUGGAUUUAGCCUCUAGGAUUCCAGCAACUCAAAGCCAAAAAAUUCAAGAGCUGGGGGAGAUCACAAACUUGAGAAUCAACUUUACCAGGCUGGCACCUGUACCCCAGAGGGGCCAAUUUCCCCCCAGUGCCUACUAUGCAGUGUCCCAGCUGCGUCUGCAAGGGAGCUGCUUCUGCCAUGGCCAUGCUGACCGCUGCGCCCCUGAGCCCGGAGCGCCCGCAGGCCCCUCCACCACGGUGAAGGUCCAUGACGUCUGCGUUUGCCAGCACAACACCGCCGGCCCCAAUUGUGAACGCUGUGCACCCUUCUACAACAAUCGGCCCUGGAGACCUGCGGAGGACCAGAACCCACACGAGUGCCAAAGAUGUGACUGCAACGGCCACUCAGAGACCUGUCACUUUGACCCAGCUGCGUUUGCCAAUAGCCAGGGGGCCCACGGAGGGGUGUGUGACAACUGCCGGGACCACACGGAGGGCAAGAACUGUGAGCGGUGCCAGCUGCACUAUUUCCGGAACCGGCGCCCUGGUGCCCCCAUUGAGGAGACCUGCAUCCCCUGCGAGUGUGACCCGGAUGGGGCAGUGCCCGGGGUCCCCUGCGACCCAGGGACCGGGCAGUGCGUGUGCAAGGAGCAUGUGCAGGGGGAGCGCUGUGACCUGUGCAAGCCUGGAUUUACAGGACUCACCUACGCCAACCCUCAGGGCUGCCAUCGCUGUGAUUGCAGUGUCCUGGGGUCCCGGCGGGACAUGCCCUGUGAUGAGGAGAGCGGCCGCUGCCUAUGUCUGCCCAACGUGGUGGGCCCCAAAUGUGACCAGUGCGCUCCCUACCAUUGGAAGCUGGCCAGUGGCCGGGGCUGCGAGCCCUGUGCCUGUGACCCACACAACUCCCUCAGUCCCCAGUGCAACCAGUUCACAGGACAGUGCCCCUGUCGGGAAGGGUCGGGGGGCCUGACCUGCAGCGCUGCCUCCAUCCGCCAGUGUCCCGACCAGACCUACGGCGACAUGGCUGGGGGAUGCCGAGCCUGCGACUGUGACUUCCGGGGGACCGAGGGCCCAGGCUGUGACAAGGCCUCAGGCCGCUGCCUCUGCCGCCCUGGUUUGACUGGGCCACGCUGUGACCAGUGCCAGCGAGGCUACUGCAACCGCUACCCUGUGUGCGUGGCCUGCCAUCCUUGCUUCCAGACCUACGACGCCGACCUCCAGAAGCAGGUCCUGCGCCUCAAUAGCCUCCUCAACGCCACUGCCGCCCUGAGGCUCCGUCCGGGCCUGGAGGACCCUGGCCUGGCCUCCCGGAUCCUGGAUGCCAAGAGCAAGAUAGCGCAGAUCCAGGCCAUUCUCGGCGGUGCCCCGGCCACGGAGCGGGAGGUGGCCCAGCUGGCCAGUGCCAUCUUCUCUCUCAGGCGAACCCUCCAGGACCUACAGCAGCCUCUGCCCCUGGAGGAGGAGGCCUUGACCCUCCCAGGAGACCUGGAAAGCCUGGACAGAAGCUUUAAUCGCCUCCUCAUUAUGUACCAGAAUAAGAGGGAGCAGUUUGAGAAGAUGGGCAGCGCGGACCCUUCAGGAGCCUUCCAGAUGCUGACCACAGCCCACCAGCGGUCAUCCCAGGCUGCCCAGCAGGUCUCCAACAGCAUCCACCGGCUGGGCCAAGUCAGGGACAUCCGGAGAGAGGCAGAGAGGCUGGAGAAGCAGGUGGGAGGCGGAGGAGGAGCCAGCGGCCCACAGCUGGCCGCCCUGAAGCUGGAGAUGGCUUCCCUGCCUGAUCUGACACCCACCGCCAACAAGCUCUGUGGGGGCUCCAGGCAGACAGCCUGCACCCCAGGAGCGUGCCCUGGGGAGCUCUGUCCCCGAGACAACGGCACGGCCUGUGGCUCCCACUGCAGAGGUGCCCUUCCCAGGGCUGGCGCGGCCUUCCGGACGGCGGGGCAGGUGGCCGAGCAGCUGCGGGCCUUCAACACCCAGCUCCAGCAGACCAGACAGAUGAUCAGGGCGGCCGAGGAAGCCGCCUCGCAGGUGCAAUCCGACGCGCAGCGCCUGGAGACCCAGGUGAGCGCCAGCCGCUCCCAGAUGGAGGAAGACGUCAGACGCACGCGGCUCCUUAUCCAGCAGGUCCGGGACUUCCUCUCAGACCCUGACACCGAUGCGGCCACCAUCCAGGAGGUCAGCGAGGCUGUGCUGGCCCUGUGGCUGCCCACGGACUCUGCCACAGUCCUGAGGAAGAUGAACGAGAUCCAGGCCAUUGCAUCCAGGCUCCCCAACGUGGACCUGGUGCUGGCACAGACUGAGCAGGACGUCGCCCGAGCUCGCAGGCUCCAGGCUGAGGCGGAGCAGGCCAGGAGCCGAGCCCACGCAGUGGAGGGCCAGGUGGAGGAUGUGGUUGGGAACCUGCAGCAGGGCACCGUGGCGCUGCAGGAGGCUCAGGACACCAUGCAAGGCACCAGCCGCUCCCUUCGGCUUAUCCAGGACAGGGUUGCUGAGGUUCAGCAGGUGCUGGGGCCGGCGGAGAGACUGGUGACAGGCAUGAUGGAGCAGCUGGGUGACUUCCGAGCACGGAUGGAGAAGCUCCGCCACCAGGCCCAGCAGCAGCGGGCACAGGCGGCCCAGGCUCAGCAGCUCGCGGAAGGCGCCAGCGAGCGGGCACUGAGUGCCCAGGAGGGAUUUGAGAGAAUAAAGCAAAAAUAUGCCGAGCUGAAAAACCGGUUGGGCCAGAGCCCCAUGCUGGGGGAGCAGGGCAGCCGAAUCCUGAGCGUCAAGACGGAGGCAGAGGAGCUGUUUGGGGAGACCAUGGAGAUGAUGGACAGGAUGAGAGACAUGGAGUCGGAGCUGCUGAGGGGCAGCCAGGCCAUCACUCUUCGCUCAGCAGACCUGACAGGGCUGGAGAAGUACGUGGAGCAGAUCCGCGACCACAUCAACGAGCGGGUGCUCUACUACGCCACCUGCAAGUGAUGCUCCAGCUGCCAGCUCCCUGGGCCCACACACCUGCCCUCUCUGCUUUGGGGGACAGACUGGUUUGGAAUGCUUUCCAGCUCCUUUUAUGCAGCUGAAAGCACCUCCUGGACCACCCCUGGUGUGCAGGAGUAAGGUUACUCUGGGCCACAGCUGAGCCUGAGCUGACGGGACUACCACAUUUGAGGGACAAGGGAUGGCAGAGGUGAGCCCUGUCACCUCUGUCAUGUGAUCAGAAACUCCCAAGUGGAGGGAGCUUGGCUGGGCUGUGUCCUCGCUCUGUGUUCUCCACUGAGGCUGAAUUCUGGACCAACACAAAACUUAACCCAAGUGAUAUACAAACAAAAACGCCUAAUAAAAAUCUUUGGAAAGGAUUCUAGAGG